AUGAGUCCAGUUGCCCCGAUAGCUUUGGUAUUUGUUGGCUGCUGUAGCAAUGUCGUCUUCCUGGAGCAGCUGAUCAAAGUAUACCCCAACAGCGGGAAUGCAAUCACCUUCUGUGCCUUCGUAUUCAACUGUCUGGAGGGUUUGUUUUUUACCACCAAGUUCCUCACAAAACCCUCAGCCAUCCCUCUCAGAUACUACCUGUCGAUGGUUGGGUUUUUCUUUGUUGUUCAAGCCUUGAAUAACUACACUCUGGGGUUUAACAUCGCCAUGCCUCUACACAUGAUCAUUCGUUCUGGUUCCCUCAUUGCAAAUCUUAUACUUGGUGUAAUUAUACUUGAUAAAUCAUACAAGCCCACCAAGUAUCUCUCUGUGAUCCUCAUCACCUUUGGCAUUAUCAUCUGCACUAUUGCCUCUGCCGUUCACAUGGAGAAGACAGCCAGCCACACAGGUGAUCCGGUCUAUGAUUACCUGGUCUGGUUUGUAGGUCUGUUUCUGUUAGCGCUGUCGCUGUUUCUCUCAGCUCGGAUGGGUAUUUUCCAAGAGCAGACCUAUGCCACGUAUGGUAAACAUCCAUCUGAAGCAUUGUUCUAUAACCACUUCCUGCCGCUGCCUGGGUUCCUGUUGCUAGCUCCUGAUAUUUACCGAUCUAUCUCGGAGCUCAGUAAAUCAGAUGCAUACACUAUCACUUCACUGGGCAUCACUUUGCCGUGGGCCAUUGUGUGGCUGCUUCUGACUACAGCUUCACAAUUUGUCUGCAUCAAGAGUGUCUUUAUUCUGACCACAGAGUGCUCAUCCUUAAUCGUCACCCUGGUGGUGACCUUGAGGAAGUUUAUCAGCCUGGUGUUCUCGAUCAUUUAUUUUCAAAACCCGUUCACACUGGCCCACUGGUUCGGAGCUUUCCUGGUCUUCAUGGGCACAAUGAUGUUUGUGGAAGCCUUCGCCAGAUUUCGAUGGUAUCGCCAGCUGGAGAAGUCACUUUCUUUUAUGGAGAAUAUGUCUAGUAAAUAA